AUGGCGCGAACAUCUACUCCUCUCGAGUCCGCGGGCGAUUCAACAAGAGCGGAAGCUGGGGAGUUAGCCCACAUUCUUAGUCGAUUGCAAGACACGAUUCUGCACCCUACGCCGCAGCACGAGAGACGGCUUCGUCGAAGUUCCAUUGAGAGGGAGAAGCUGGCCUCGAACCUCGAACACGUACAUGCCCGAUUAUUAAAGCUUGAACAGGACGCUGCGGCGACACCAUUCAAGUCCAACGCGGACCCUCUCCUGGCCGAGCACCGGGAGACCCUAGAGCUUCUAUUCGAUAGGUUAAAGGACUUGCGCCAGGUCGCGGCAGAUGAGGAUGAGCUAGACGAUGACAGCUCAGACGAGGAGGACCUUUUGGGCGGCUUCAUCCCGACUCCUAGCCAAAGCGCGACUUCAACCACCGAAGACACCGAUCCGCAAUACACGCCACCGGCACUCGAUACCGAGCCCGACUCACCCACCGCACAGGACCGCACUGCCGCAACAGGGGCCUCCUCCCCACCCCCCGCGACCAGAUCAGCUCCUCCGACCGAGUCCGUUGCCGCUGCUGCGCCGGCCCCGACACAAACCAGCCAGACCCUACGGGGCCGCCACGGCGCCGAGAACACCACGCCUGCUGCUGCCGGCGCCGCUACCACCACCAGCGCGUCGCCGUCGUACUCGUCGGCGCGCGCGGCCCUCUUCGCCAACCGCCGACGGGCCGCCCCCGCGCCGCCGGAGACGUCGACGGCCACGGCCGAGGCCAUCCUCGACCAGCAGCGCGCGGAGCAGGACGCGCUCUCGGCGUCCAUCCUCGAGAUGGCCGGUGCGCUCAAGGCCAGCUCGCACCGGUUCUCGUCGACGCUCGAGGCCGACCGGGAGGCGGUGGGCCGCGCGAGCGAGGGCAUGUCCAAGACGGAGCAGAGCAUGGAGGCGGCGCGCGGGCGCAUGGGCACGCUGCGCAGGAUGACGGAGGGCAAGGGCUGGUGGGGGCGGAUGAUACUGUAUGCCUGGAUCUACGGGCUGAUGCUUGUCUUGGUCUUGCUCGUCUUUGUUUUUCCGAAACUGAGGUUUUGA